UACCCAACUCUGUAAUCUCUCCCUGUAGGAGUAUGAUGGAUGUCUCCCUCCCUCCUCACUGUCCAGCCUGGAGGCUGGCACGCGCUCCACUUUAUGAAUGGAUGGGUGUGGCACUGCUGCCUGUGUCGUCACUGCGCUCGCGGACAGACGCUGGCGUGCUGUGGGUAAAGGCUGGUCUACAGUGAGGCAUAUUAUCUGGGCUCUGCCACUGCUUGGGAGAGACAGCAAGAGAGGGUGAGGGGAGGAGAGGAUAGAGAGAAAGAGAAACAGACAGCGGCGGCAGCCCACUCCCCAGCGAGGACUAAACUUCUGGCGACAAAUUUGUUUAAUGGGGAGAAGCAGGAGACGAGCGCUGCUGCUGCCCAGAAUAAACUGAAGAGAGAAAAAGCAGCGGAGAGAGAGAGACAGAAAGAGAGAGAGAGAGAGAGGUGUGAACCGAAAGUGGACGUCGAGCCGAGAGAGACACAAGCUGAUUCCAGAGGUGAAUGUCUUUAAAGGGCCCUCUCCAUGGAUAUAGACACAGACUAUGAGCGGCCCAAUGUGGAAACCAUUAAAUGUGUGGUGGUUGGGGAUAAUGCAGUAGGCAAGACCAGGCUAAUCUGUGCCCGGGCCUGCAAUGCCACCCUCACACAGUAUCAGCUGCUUGCCACCCACGUGCCAACCGUCUGGGCCAUCGACCAGUACCGAGUAUGCCAGGAGGUGUUAGAGAGAUCUCGUGAUGUCGUGGAUGAGGUCAGUGUUUCCCUGAGGCUAUGGGACACAUUUGGGGAUCAUCACAAAGACAGACGAUUUGCCUAUGGCAGGUCUGACGUCGUGGUGCUUUGCUUCUCUUUGGCUAAUCCCAAUUCCCUGCGCCAUGUACGCACCAUGUGGUUCCCGGAGAUCAAGCACUUUUGUCCCCGGACGCCCAUCAUCCUGGUUGGCUGCCAGCUGGAUCUGCGCUACGCUGACCUGGAUGCAGUAAACCGCGCACGGCGACCCCUAGCCAAACCCAUUAAACCCACUGACAUCCUCCCCCCAGAGAGAGGCCAUGAGGUCGCAAAGGAGCUUGGGAUUCCUUACUAUGAGACCAGCAUCGUUGCCCAGUUUGGUGUCAAAGAUGUUUUUGACAAUGCCAUCCGAGCCGCCCUCAUCUCCCGCCGUCACCUUCAGUUCUGGAAGUCUCACCUAAAAAAAGUCCAAAGGCCCCUCCUCCAGGCACCUUUCCUUCCUCCUCGCCCGCCUCGUCCUAUUGUGGGGAUCCCAGACCCCCCUCCUGCAGACGGGGAGGGUCCUGAUUCCCUUUUCUGCCUGCCGUUGUGUGCAGAUGUUCUAUUUCUCCUGCAGGGAGGCGCCACUCGCGUCUUUGCACACAAAGUCUAUCUGGCUACUUCCUGCUCCAAGUUCUAUGAUCUCUUCACUCUUGAUCUAGGCGGAUCAUGUACGAGCCCAAAUGCAGAGGAUCAGGAGAACAAGGAGAACCUGGAGAUUGCAGAGGAGGAUGAGCAGAGCAGAAGAGGAGCCAAGGAGCAGGCUGGGCGCACUAAGAGCCUAGACAUCGAUAAAGACGGGGCUGAUGGAGGAGUGCGGGGCCUGAAUCGACCCCAGCUGCUCCAGCAGGGCUCUUUAAGGACUUCCCAGAGUGAUAAUGCACUCCCAUCUCGAGCUCUGUACUCCCUGGGAGCACUAGGGACUGGGCGAGCUCUUUCAGGAUGGGGCAGGGGCUUCCUGAGUGUUUGUCUGGAACAUGUUGAUGACCCCAUGACUGGAAGACCUCGACUUAUGACUGUUGUAGCCAUGGAUGCACUCAUACAGGAAGAACCAUUCAAGGCGGUGCUUCAGUACCUGUACACAGGCAGUCUGGACGAGGCCAGAGGGGAUCUGAUGCAAGUGGCGACCAUUGCGGAGCUGCUGGAGGUGUUUGACCUACGGAUGAUGGUGGCGAAUGUUCUGAACAGAGAGAGCUUCAUGAACCAGGAGAUCACCAAGGCUUUCCACGUCCGCAGAGCCAACCGCAUCAAGGAGUGUCUCAACAAGGGGACCUUUGCUGAUGUGGUGUUCCGGCUGGACGAUGGCUGCCUCCCGGCUCAUAAGCCUCUGCUCAUCUCCAGCUGCAACUGGAUGGCGGCCAUGUUUCGGGGCUCCUUCAUGGAGAGCUACAUCGAGGAGGUACCCAUCCCUAACACCAGUGCAGCGUGCAUGCAUGGAGUGUUGGAGUUCUUGUACUGUGGUGUGCUGACGCCCUGUCCUGGUCUGGAGCCAAUGGAGCUGAUCAUCCUGGCCAACCGUCUCUGUUUGCCACGUCUUGUUGCCCUCACAGAACAACAUGCUGUGGAUGAGCUGCUCCAGUUGGCUGUCAAAGGAGGUGACAUUGAUGGGCAGGUGUUGGCUUACCUGGAAAUUGCACAGUUCCAUAAUGCCAAGCAGCUGUCAGCUUGGUGUCUCCACCACAUCUGCACUAAUUACAACAGCAUCUGUCGCAAGUUUCCCAAGGACAUGAAGGUCAUGUCUCCAGAAAACCAGAGGCACUUUGAGAAGCAGCGCUGGCCUCCUGUGUGGUUCCUGAAGGAGGAGGACCGCUACCUGCGCUCUCAGAAAGAGCGUGAACGUGAGGAGGAGAUCUUGCGCAAGCAGCACACCAAACGGGGCUGGUGUUUCUGGAAACACCCAUCCUCCUCUCCACAUGUCUCCUAAAGGGUUUCUUCCACUGACUCCUACACCCUGACCUGGGUUAUCCCGUCCAGGAUAACUAACCCCUAUGCCCUGUAACGCUUAUAUAGGAGGAGGUCGGCUUCGAUCCGUCAGUCAGAGGAGAAAUGACUCUCAGUGUGACUACGCCUGAAUGUCAGCAUGCUUGGGGGAAUGUAUGUGCCUCUUUAUAACUGUGGGUAACUUCAUGAGUGCAUUUUCUUGUGUGGCAAGUGUAGACUAAACUGAAGGGUAUGUGCGUGGGUGUGUGAGCGUAUGUUUGCAUUUUUUAUGAUUGAGUGAUGCUUCCCAGUUGAGUGCUUCCCAGACGCCCUGAUCUGUGCUGGCCUGCGGCGUUGCAGUGCAGCCCCCUCGUCCCCUCAACCAGAGCUCCGUCCCUCCACCAGCACUCACAGCGUCCCAGCCUUUGAGUGAUUGGACUGGGAGCAAGGGCUCUCUAUCUCUCUCAGUCUCCAUCCUUCACUUUGACCUUAAUGACUAUUACACAUGGAACACUGCUGCUCCUCACUGGAGCUUACCUCUGCCUUCACUUCUUAGCAGACUGUUAGCUCGCACACGCAGACCUGUGCAAAAGAUCCGCCCCUCAAAAACCAGCGCUGGAAUCCCAGGAAUACACACUUAACAAUGAAUUUAUUAUUAAUUUGAACUUUUUAUGUAUACAUUUAGCAUCUUUUAGGAUGAGGGUGCUUGCUAAUCCGAGGAAGUGUUAAGGACUUUGCUGCACAAAUGGGACAGUUAGAGCCCAGUUUGAGAGCAACCAUUAGCAAGUAAGGCUGCUCCAUCAGGAGGCCAAAUGAUAGCUAUUAGCCUCCUGUUAAUGCAGCCCUAGUUGUCUGUCAUGCAGCCUUGCACCUCCCCACCCUCCUUUCAUGCACGCCACAUGUGCAAAUGAAGCAAACAAAAGCUCUCCUGGAUGAGUUGGAUUCACCAAACUGCACUUCAGAGACAUUCAAAGUGACCACUCUAUGAUGGAAGUGAAUGAGGGCUAGCCUUACUUUAUACCUCUACCAUGGAGGAAUGAUGGGUACAGUAUUAACUAACGCGCUUGUAACGUCCAUGACCACUAGGCUGCGCUGAAGCACCUAAGCCGGCCUGCCUUUACACCCCUACACCACUAGGGGCAGCACUGCUCAGGGCCCCAGCACUAACCCUCACUCUAACUGAGAGUUUCGAUGUCUGAGAUGUCUUGUUUCAGUUAUUAAGAGCAUCAGUAUCAUUUAAAUCCAUGCAGAGUGUAAAGCACACGUUUUUAGUGCAUUUUAAAAACAAAACCUGUCAAUUUUCAUCUAAUUCUGAAAACCAAAGCUGUGAUUAUUUUGAUCUCUUUCUUCCUCACUCUAUUUCUGGAUCCUUGCUUCCUUUAAAGGGAAGAGGAAGACUAAAGGUGUGUUUGAAGAAGGAAGCAGUGUGGUAUAAUGAUUAAACCCCUCCUUGUGGUGGUGUUUUCUGGGAGAUAAGGUGUCUGCAGGACAUUGCCUUCUAUUCCUCGGGCUGAAAUUGAAAAAUGGUGCUUUGGAUACAGUGGGACAGUGUCCACAUGAACACGCAGCGAACACAUGCGAUAUAUAUCUGCAGUUUGUCUAGCUGUUUAGUGUUUACCUGCAAUGAACGUGCAGAAGUGUUGAUGGUGUUGCAAUUUAAUACGAGCAUUUUUUAAAAAAAACUUAAUUUUUCUUCUCCGUUUGCUAACAGUCUGUAAGAGGUCAUUUUAGGUCACUGCUUUUGAGAAUGUGCAGAUUUCUCUUUUAUAUACAGUGGUUACACCUGUGUAAUUUCUUUUGCUGCUUUUGUAUUCAGCGUGUUUUGCUUCCUUGUUAACCAGGAGAAUUUUACUACUUUGGAUUGAAUUUGCAGUUGUGAGUGUUGUCUGCAAUGACAAACAGCUUGAUAUGUAACUUCACAUUAGAGCAGAAAUCUGAUUUUCUUGUUAAAGGUGCUAAUUUAUGUGGGCUCUAGGGCCAAAUGUGAAAACGAGACAUUGUGGUGAUGAUUUUUCUAUUAGCACAUUGCUUCUAUUUGUGGGUUUUCGCCCCUCAGCUUUUACCCAGGCAAACUGUAGGAGACGGUGUGAGACAUGUGGUGCUGUCCACGGGUGGCGUGUUAAAGUCAUUGUCAGUCGCCCAAAAUAGAAGUUGGAUCGCAUCUCGUGAGAUACGAGUAAGAAUUGAGCUGUAUCUAAAAAAGCAAAAGUACGUUACCUGUGACCUACAUAGUCAGGAAUAAAUCCACCAAAUUUGAAAGCUUUGGGAAUUAAAGAGGACAUAGAUGGGGGAUGAUGGACUUCACAAACUGUUUUAGUCCCCACAGCAAGGUUACGUAUUAGAUUUUUUUAAUAGAUGGUUUGACCCGUUAAGCCUCUUCUCUCAGUCUGUGUGCCUUAUAGUUGGUGAGAACUAAAAGACAAUAGUGAUAUUUUAUAAAGAUGUCAGGUCAAAUGUGCAGAUGGAUUCUGCAGUGGUUUAUAUGAUGGAUAAAAUAAAUAAUGGCCAUGAUAAUGUUAAUAAUUUAAGAUUGAUUUUGUAGAUUGAAUCUUUAGGCCUGCUGCUUGUCUGCUGUUCAGACAAAUGGCCUCAAAUGAUAACAGUAGAGUAGAUUGGUGUAAUUACACCGCUUUGCAUUAGCAUCUUCUUCAAGAUUGUUCUUAAUUUGGAUGUACAGUUCACAUUAUGGUUGGGAAUCUCCACUGACCAGGUGAUUGAGAGGUUAACCAGGUUGAUUCCUGUGUUGUAAAUGUAAUGCCACUGACUUUGACUUUUUAGGAGCACUGGCUGGCCUGUGUGCUAAGAGGGGGUGACCACUUUUGGAUCGUGGUUUAUUUGCAUGGUGGCCUAAUUUUUGUCAUGAUAAUGACAUUUGGUGUUUGAAUGCACUUUCUUCUUUUUUGUCUAUGACUUUACCUUCUCUGUGCUUAGCAUGAAUUGUUCCUUAUAUGUAAGAUUGUUUUUUUUUUUAACAUCAUGAUUGUAGCACGAUGUUUCCACUUCAGUCUUUCCGAUUUUCCCACCUCUUGCUCAGUGAGGAGCUGAAUAACACGGCGUGUCCAGCUUCUUUUUAAAGGUCUACAGUUGGCACUGAACCCCACAGUAGCUCUUUUUCUCGCUGUGGCUUUAUGCACGACUCUGUUUUUACUACAUCAGCUCAGCACAGCUUAUGGUAGCAUCACUAAAAAAAUAGACUUUGAAUAACAUGCUGCCACUUUCUGCACUUGUUGCUGCUGUGCAGUGUUACAGCUGUCCCUUUCAAGCUGUUCCUGUUGGUCAAACAAGAUUGUUCUUGUGAUUUUUAAGAUACUGGGUGGAGGACAUUAAACAAGUAAAUUAGGCUUAAAUCAAGGGUUGUAAUGCACAUGUUUUGAGAAUGUAAUCGAUGACAGAAGAAUUGGUUAGAGCAUGAUGCAUGUAUCUGGGGUUACACUUAGGCUUCUGUUUAGGCAGAAAGGUUUCCUAUGGGGUCUCUAUGGUUGCAUCUAAAACUAAAUUAUGAAAUCAGUUAAGACAUCUUUGAUAUAUGUUAUAAUGCUAUAGUAUUUAUUUGAUUAUCUGAAUACCUCAGGUUCAAAACUAUUAGAGUAUUCACUGAUUAUUAUGGUGAAAUUCAGAAUAUGGGUAAUGGUGUUGCAGGCCAGACAAGGUUGACAAACACUGGCAAACAGACAGAAAAAUGUAGAAAUUCAGAUUUUAAACCUUGUCUCCUUUCUCUAGACUGACCCCUGCAGACUAAAGAUGAAGGAUUACUGGUUGUGGUUUCCCUUUGGAUUGUAUUUCUCUACCUUAGCACAUCCUUCUCACUGCCACAUUUAUUUCUGUGAGACUUUUCUUCCUUCUUAGCAGGCCAGACCCUCCUUUUUUAUAUUGAUAUGAAGGAACACCUUGUUUUUAGUAGUUGGUGUCUCCUCUCCUGUGCCUUCAGUGAAAUCUCUCUCUUUUGGCUCUGACAGCAUGCUACUGCAGCCUUCUGGGCUCAAAUUAAAGUCGAUUAAGCCAAGUAAUACACGUGUUAGCACAGAAAUAAUGGUAGGCAGCUUUUCUUUCAUUAGCAUAGUUUGUGGAGGUGAUUUUGAUAACUUCCAAUGAUAACACAUAUAUGAAGCUUUACAAUUUUAGCAUGUAAUGUCAUCUACGCUAAAGCUACGCAACAAAAUCAUAUGAAAUGACCAAGAAACCCAGCAAACCAGCAGAUUAAGAUAAUGUUUCGCACUCUUUCAGGUGCCUGCACUUUCUAUUAUGUAGCCUAAUACAACUUUUUGAUAAGUAGGACAAGUGUUUUUACUUAACACAAAUAUUUUGUUACUUCUUCACUUUUUCAUGAACUCUCAAAUUCAGAAAGUAUGCCCUUUGCUUCCACUAUUUAGCUGCAAAUUGCUAUAAUUAUGCAAUCCUGCAUAAAGUCAGUGUGUUCUACGCUGGGGAACAGAAUCUGUGAACUUCUGGUGAAUUAAAGGCAGUCAUUAGCUGUGACAACUAUAUAUAUAUGAUGCUUUAAUAAUUAUAGUUGUUAUCCAAAGUACAUUACAGUGUUGUACAUUUAAAAUGAGUCCCAGCUCAUGAUAGCUCCUGACUUUAUACUGCUCACCACACUGUAUGUAUGAACUAAGCUGGUGUAUACUGAGGAUUGUAUGCACACAGAAGAAGUGUGUCUACAUAUACACAUGGUGUGAUUAACCCCUGGUCUAUACUGUAAGUUGAAAGUGGAUCGUAUUAACUGUGUAGUAUCGUUAUGCACUUUUGUUUCCAUUGACUCAUGUGAGUUUUAUUAACAUUAUUACUAUUCAUGUUACUCAAUGUAUUACAAUAAAGGCAAAAGAAAAGAGCACACCACACUCACAAACCAUUAAGGGCUUUCAAGAAAAUAUACAACAAUCAGAAUGUUUUUGCUGCUGUUGCAAAAAAAAAAAAAAAAUGUUUUGAAACUAAAAUUUGUAAUAUUUUUUUGAACCACUGUGAUUUGUACAAAAAAAGAAAAACAAAGUUGAAAAAAAAGGUUUUUUCUUUUUUUGCCAUUUCAGUAUUUUGAUGUUUGACAUGGAUUUUAUUAAAACGGUUAAUCUUU